AUGGAGUCUAACAGCAAAAGCACCAUGCCUUGUGCAGCAUGCAAGCAUCUCCGGCGACGCUGCACCGAGGACUGCCUCUUCCUCCCCUAUUUCCCUGCGGCCGAGCCGGAAAAAUUCAUGGCCGUUCACCGCGUCUUUGGUGCCAGUAACAUCAGUAAAAUGCUGCAAGAUGUUCCUGUCACUGAUAGAGGAGAUGCUGCUGCCAGCUUGGUCUAUGAGGCCACAGCAAGGCUUCAGCAGCCCGUCUACGGCUGCGUCGCCCUGAUCGCGUCUCUACAAAAGCGUGUUUUCCAGCUGCAAUCCGAGUUGGAUGAAGUUUCUGCAACAACAAUGAGGCUCAGAACUCAACUAUCGAGUGCGUUGUCUUUCAUAGUCUCAUCACCGCAGAGUCCACCAUUAGCUUGCGCUGCAGAAGAGGGGAGCAGUCAUGAGCAUAACAAGCAGCUCCAGCAGUGUCAAUAUGGCUAUUCCUAUCCUCAAAUGAAAGACUACUACACUGAGCUGUGAAGAGCACUGACCUGUAUUCCAAGGCUGUGAUUCUUUGUCAUUUUCAUUGUGGAACGAUGAUGAGAAGCAUCAGGUUUCGCAUGCUGCAGAAGUGUGGUCUGCAAGCCAUGCUUCCAACCAUGCUCGUUUUUGUUCUCACAAAUCCAAGCAACAAUGUACAUGGUGUCUAAAGUAAACAUUAUAAAACACAAAUACAAGUAUCUACAUUGCAUCUACA